CCGGCAACCCAUAUGUGUUCGUAUGAAGUCCGCGGUGCAUGCGUUUUCCCAGAUACAGCCCCACCAAUUUACCAUGUUUACAUCAUGGACCACGUGCCGGCAACCCAUAUGUGUUCGUAUGAAGUCCGCGGUGCAUGCGUUUUCCCAGAUACAGCUCCACCAAUUUACCAUGUUUACAUCAUGGACCACGUGAUCCGAAAGCGCAUGCUCAAUCGAGUCCCUACACAUUUCUCACCGUUUUUGUAUGCUAUUCAUGGUGUCUGA